UCAUCAUUGUCGCGUUACUUCUUGACAGAGAAAGUCAGUCUCUAUCAGUUCUGAUUCAGCAAGAAGCGUCGAGUUAAGUUCUUGUUAAACUACAUCCUGCGGCUAACAUCAAAAUGAAGCUCCUCUUUUUUGUCUUUCUGGUGAUAAAUGGAGCGCACGCGGUGACACACUCCUACGAGUAUUUCUACACUGGAUCCUCUCAAGUUCCAAACUUCCCAGAGUUUGUGGCUGUAGGAAUGGUGGAUAAUGUUCAGAUGUUCUACUACGACAGCAACCACCCAAAAAUGGUGCCCAAACAGGACUGGGUGAACAAGGCAGUUGAUCCACAGUUCUGGGAGAGGAACACUGGCAACUUAGUGGGUUCCCAGCAGACAUUCAAGGCCAACAUUGAGAUUGUAAAGCAACGCUUCAACCAAACUGGAGGUGUACACACAGUCCAGCACAUGUAUGGUUGUGAGUGGGAUGAGGAGACUGGAGCUACAGAUGGGUAUCAUCAGGAUGGUUAUGAUGGAGAGGACUUUAUAUCUCUGGAUCUGAAGAACCUGAGAUGGAUCGCUCCAGUGCAGCAGGCCUUCAUCACCAAACAGAAGUGGGACCAGGACAGAGCUCAGCUUGAGUACUGGAAGAACUACUACACCCAGAUCUGUAUUGACUGGCUGAAGAAAUAUGUGGACUAUGGGAAGAGCACUCUGAAGAGGACAGUCCCCCCCUCCGUGUCUCUGCUCCAGAAGAGCCCCUCCUCUCCAGUCACCUGCCACGCUACAGGCUUCUACCCCAGAAGUGUCAUGGUGUUCUGGAGGAGAGAUGGAGACCAGGUGUACGAGGAUGUGGAGCAUGGAGAGGUUCUCCACAACGAGGAUGGAACCUUCCAGAACAGUGUUCACCUGACAGUGAAGCCUGAGGACCUGGACAGCGGGAGGUAUGAGUGUGUGGUUCAGCUCUCAGGGGUUCAGGAGGACUUUGUCACCAGACUGGAGCGCUCUGUGGUGAAGACCAACCAUGGAAACACUGGAAGGACCAACCCAGGUGCAGAAGGUUCUGGUUCCUCUGGUCUCAUCAUUGGAGCUGUGGUUGCUGUUCUUCUGCUGGUCGCCAUCGUCUGUGGAGUCGUCAUCUGGAAGAAGAAGAAGAAUGCCAAGAAAGGAUUUGCUCCAGCUAACACUUCUGAUGAUGGAUCUAACUCCUCCAAUAACACGGCACCAAAAGCAUGAGGCCUUUCUGUUUAACCAAUCACAGGAGAGAGGCAGAGACAAGUGGAGGAUGGAGAGAAACACUCACCAAUCAUGAAGUGCAGAAAGGAACAACGGCAAUUUUACACAGUGUCUCUGAUUACUGAUCUGGUCUUAAUAAUGAGCAAUUAAUAAUAUUUUGAUCCUUAAAAAAUGGGGGUUUUUAUGUUCCAUACAAACUACUUUGUACCAUGACAUACAGUAAUUUUUGUUUUCAUGCCUCACCAAAACAUAUUUUGUUUCUCUGUAUUUCUGCUCAGCUGAAUACUCUAUUACUGUAAAUAUUAUAAUUAAUGGGGCAUGUUCUGCCAGAUUACAUUAACUGUCAGAACUGUCCAGUAUUGGGUUCCUAGUGAGUAAUGACGUAAUGUUUAGAACACUGAGUUUGUUCACAGAGAUAAAAACAUUCCAUGAAUAUAGUCAGAGACUAUAGAGAGGUUUCUAACUGGGUUGAGAUCAGAUACUGUAUGUAUGAUCAUGCUGACAGCCUGGAGACAGAGAGGGCUCAGUGCUUCUGAUGUUCAGAUCAACAGCAGACUUCUCCUCUCUUUAGCACCAGUCUGCAGGAAGGCUCUGUUAGUGUAUAACUGUUUACUCUAUUACACUAAAGGAACAACCUUAACCCAGCUUUAUAACAUCAAGACGAGGGGAGACGCUCCCCAUUAGUCUCCUAAACAUGUUAGAAGUCAGCUACACUCUUCUAUAACUAACUGGAGAGACCAUCUUAGAGUAACCAGCAUAGAGAGAUCUCAGUGAUUCCUCAGAGACCAGCUGCCACUGUUUGUACUGUGAUGUUGUUGCUGCUGGAGGCCUCGACAGUGGUUUCCUCCUGUUUCAUUAUCCAUCUCUGAUGGGAGCUCCACAGAUAACAGUAUAUAACAUCACCCCUCCCCCCCCCCCCUAUGUCCUUGUAUAGCCGUUAAGCCUUCAGGAUGGUUUACAAACUACUUUCACUCUUAGACAGCUUCAUAACAUUAACGUGGGGAGAGGGUUUGUUUUGAUCCAAGUGUCGGAUAUGUUUCUUCUGGUAGACAAAUCCCUUAUAGUGUUUUUUUGCGUGAAAUGUUAUUGUUCAUCUCUUGAUCUCUUAUGUUUAGGGCAAGAUGAGAGAUAUUUAUCUCUUGUGUGAUACAUUUUCUAUUUCAGAAGCUUCAGUGAAAAUGCUUCUUUUGUCACAAUUGUGAUCUUUGGGCUUGGUUUAUGUAUAUGUGGUUUAAACGGAAAUAAAAGGGGUUCACAUGUG